ACGAUAAAAACCACAAUACAUAACAAACAUAUUAUUUUCACUUAGAUCAAACUUUUGCUCCAUAAAACAAUCUUAUUGAUUUUGCUGUGUUAAACUUAAAUCUAAAACCUGUUUGGUGUGGUUAUCAUAACAUAAUGACGUGAAGAAAAAGUGAAAAAGUAAAAAAAAAAAAAAAUUAAUAAAUAAAUAAAUAUGUGAAAAUAUACACACGAAGGAACAAACAAGCGAGUAUCUUGAAAAAAUUGUAAUAAACGAGUAGUAAAAACUUACACACUAACUACAGCAUUUAUUGGACCCGGAGUUUUAAGUCGAUCACAAUUAGUAGAAUGUAUACUUUUUCUUCGUGUUUUUAUUUGGUUCUUUUUGCUGAACCUGGUGAACGAUCGUGAGAUAUUGUUUUCGUACGACACGUAUUAGAAUCGAUCGAUUUAUAUAGGCCAUUCAUUCCUCUGUACCUUCAUACUUUGAUUGUUCGACAUAUUUCGAUAAUAACGAAUCGUUGAUUAAAUUCUUUUUUUUUUUCUCCGUGGUCCCUUGGAUUCCACGAAUCCAAGUAAUAUAAAAUCGAAUGUGAUACUGAUUUUUUUUUUUUGUAGGUCGAUCAAAAUCGCAUUCGUUCGAUUGGUAUAAUCAUACGUAUGCAUGAACAUUGUUAUACAUAUGCAUGUAUAAUAAAUAUAUGUAUAUAUAAUAUAUACGUGUAAAAUAAAUCUUUCCACUAUGUCACUUAAUGCAUCUUCCUCUUUAUCACCGAAACAACUAAAAACACAAUAUUUAUCUGAGCAUGUAUCCUCAUGAUCUAUAAAGCUAGGUUUAUUUUACGUGAAAAUUGUUUCUUUGAUUAAAUGAGUAUUUUAAAUUAUAUAGUAGGACUUAUAUAAGAAAUCUUGCGAACGUGUUCAUCUCUCGUACUUACAUGAUGCAGAAUUUUAUUUCGUCUGCCUGGAAGAUAUAUCAUUGACGAAUUAAUUUUUUCGAUUUCGAAAAUUCAUAAUCAUUCCCAUAAAAAUUAUUAUCAUUGCCAUCAUCAUCACCAUUAUCAUCAUCAUCAUCAUCAUCAUCAUCAUCAUCAUUAUAAUCAUCAUCAUCGUUGUCGUCGUCGCUGUCGUUGUCGUCGUUAUCGUCACCGUUAUAGUCACCAUUACCGUCGCCAUUAUCUUCAUCACUAUCAUGAUAAUCAGCGCCAUACCGUCAUUAAUAGUCGUCAUUGUUGGCAUUGGUGUUGACGUUAACGUUCUAUCCACGUUGUCAUCACCAUUGUCACAGCAACUAUCAUCAUGAUGAUCGCGCCAUUAUUAUCAUGAUGAUCAUUGCAUUGUUCUCAGCAUCGUUCUCGCGAUUACCAUUGUAAUCAUUACACAUUUACACAAUAUCAUCCAGUUACCGAGCAAUUGUAACGCCAUAAUGAUAUUCUCGAACAAAUACAGUUUCUCAUAUCUCGUUGUUCCAGCGCAAAUAAGUACAAAAUGGAUCUCGACUCAAUUGCCAUCGACAUUUUUAAUCCGAACGCUUCCUUUUUUUACAGUCUUUGCUUUCUUUUCUUUUUCUUUUUUUUUUCUUUUUUUUUCAUAUACGCGAAGCAGAUAGCGAUGCCGCUGCGAUCGAACACUGGUUUCUUCUCAAUAUGAAAUAUCGGAAUCAUCGCGUUUUCUAAUGAAAAAGGAAAAAAAAAAAAAAAAAAAAAGAAA